AGCCUGAGUGAGCAGUUGGUCAAAGAGGAGCUCCAACUCAUCUGGUCCAUUCGAUUUCCAGCGAAGACCUUCUCCAGAGACUGACUGCAUAUCAACAUCGAAAGCAAUCAAGAACACCUGAGACAGUGAGACAAUCUAGAUCUUUUGUUUAGAAAAUGGCAAAGGUAAAUUUGACCGUAGUGGCUUUGGGGGUCACCCUGCUCCUUUUGGCAGAGACAUGGGCGCAGAAUCCCAGGAAGAAACUGGCACCCCCGAAGCCUCUCAAGGCUCAGUGCUGCGAUGAGGUGCGCUCUCUCAAGGUUCAGGUGGCCAAUCUAACCAGCCUCCUCGAGGAGCUGAGUCGCAAGCAGGAGACAGACCUGAUGAACGUUGUGAGGCAAAUAAUGGAGCUGGACAAGCAGAACCGCCAGCAAGAAGCCCGGGUCACAGAGGCAGAGAGCAAGUACUCAGAGAUCAACAACCGUGUGGAGAUCAUGCAGCUACAAACCCUCCAGUCAGCUACUCAGACUUCAUCAGAUGCCAUAUAUGACUGUGCAUCCCUCUUCAGUAAGAACUACAAGAUCUCUGGCGAGUACAAACUUCCUAAAGAUGACUUUCUGGGUACACCUGAGCUGAAUGUCUUCUGCGAUAUGGAGACAAAUGGAGGUGGCUGGACUCUGAUCCAAAGGCGCAAGGUCGGCCUGACAUCAUUCAACCGAGACUGGAAGCAGUACAAAAGUGGAUUUGGAUCAAUCCGCGGAGACUUCUGGCUGGGCAAUGACCACAUCUUCCGUCUAACAAGGCAGCCCAGUGUGCUCAGAAUUGAAAUGGAGGACUGGGAAGGACAGACGCGCUAUGCUGAAUAUGGCUUUUUCACUGUGGGUAAUGAGCUCAACAGCUACAAGCUCCUCCUUACCAACUACAGUGGGAACGCUGGAGACUCUCUGCGCUACCACAACAACACCAACUUCAGCACCAUCGACAAGGACAAUGACAAAUGCGUGGAUGACUGCGCUUCUCGGCGCAAGGGUGGUUACUGGUAUAACUGCUGCACUGAUUCAAACUUGAAUGGCGUUUAUUACCGCUACGGUGAGCACACAAAGAGCUCAGAUGGGAUCACUUGGUACGGCUGGCACGGGUCCAACUACUCUCUCAAGAAAGUGGAGAUGAAGGUCCGGCCAGUGGAUUUUCAACCCUGAGUGCUUCAACUGCAUGUCCUGGAUAAAGAUCAUACGCAUGAAUGCUGAGAGAUCUAACAAAUACCUGUUCAACCAAAGUGUGGCAAUCCCUGGACUGCGAGAAGAAUGAAAAUGUAGUUGGUUAAAUUUCAGUACGAUGAAUGUGUAAUGUUUUUUGCCGUGUUUGAUUGUAAAUUGUAGUUCAUUUUGUGUAUUUAUCAGUAAGAUAUUUUAUUUUUUAAAAGCUUUGAUAGAUGCUCUUUUACCACUGUCCUGUAUGGAUUACUGCAUUUUGACUUCUCUCAUUUGUCUUGAAUGCACUAGGAUGUCUUUUUAGUUAACACAAGCCAUUUAGGGUCGUAGCAAGAAUCUGUCUGGUUCAGGUAUAAAUCAUCAAGGACUGGUAGUAACUAAUUAAAAAGGAUUUUUGUGAGUUGCCAGAAAGGGACCAACCACCAAAGGCAUUUCCUAUGAAUUACACUGCAUUUCAUUUUAAAACCCUAACCAUUGAUUAUGGAAAUGUGUAAUUUGUAAAAUGUGUACAGCUCUGUAAUUAUGUUGUUUUAUGUGAUAGAAAAUAAACAUAUUUUUUAA